CCGCCCUGAACCAGGCUCAUGAUUUUGGUGCGGGUUUAGGAUCAGAAAUUGCCACUUGACCAAAACUAAGUAGAGUUCGGGUCUAGGGCUCUGUCUACGGAGCAUCUCUGCAAUGGCGACCGAUUCAGAAGCUAAGCUCGAGCUUUUCCUUCAGUGGCUUAAGGUGAAUGGAGCAGAACUACGUGGUUGUGAUAUCAAGUACUGUGAUUCCAGUAAAGGAUUUGGUAUUUUUUCAUCUGGUGACUCCCCCAGUGGGAUUUUGCUGACGGUACCACUUAACCUGGCAAUAACUCCAAUGAGUGUACUUCAAGACCCGGUAAUAGGACCUGAAUUUAGGUCACUGCUUGCCAAACAGGAAGAGGAUGAUAGACUUUUGAUAAUGAUAUUUCUAACAGUGGAACGUCUACGGAAGAAUUCUACGUGGAGGCCGUAUCUAGAUAUGCUGCCUACUGAAUUUGGAAACCCAUUAUGGUUCACUGAUGAUGAGCUCCUAGAAUUAAAGGGAACUACACUGCAUCGGGCCACUGAACUACAGAAGAUUAAGUUGAAGUCUCUGUUUGAUGACAAAGUGAAGAAAGUGGCUGAAAAACUUUUGUCUCUUGACGGAAAUCCAGAAUGCGAAGUGAGAUUUGAAGACUUCCUUUGGGCAAAUUCCAUAUUUUGGACUCGAGCACUGAAUAUCCCUUUUCCACAAUCGUAUGUGUUCCCAAGCAGUCAACCUGAGCAAGACAGUACAGAUAUCAGUCUCCUUGAUUCAUCUACCCAUCAUAUUUCUGCAGAGAAGUUGGUCAGCAAUGAAACUGGAAAAUCUCUCGAGAUAAAUGACUCUGCGAAGCAAGUUUCUGGAGUUGAAUUAACUCCUCAAGGAGAGGUCAUCUGGGUUGAGGGUCUUGUGCCUGGCAUUGAUUUUUGCAAUCAUGCCUGGAAAGCUGCAGCAACUUGGGAAAUUGAUGAAAGUGGAUCAAUUACUGGAAUCCCAUAUUCUAUGUACCUUCUUUCUGCUGGAAGCAUUCCUAGCGGUGAAGAAAUAUCAAUCAGUUAUGGCGACAAGGGGAAUGAGGAACUUCUAUACCUGUAUGGAUUUGUUGUGAAGGACAACCCAGAUGACUAUCUUAUGAUUCAUUAUCCUCUAGAAGCUCUUUCUGAUAUGCCUUUUUCGGAAAGCAAAAUGCAGCUUCUUGAAGUGCAGAAAGGUGAGCUGAGGUGUCUCUUGCCAAGAAGUUUGCUAAAGAGUGGGUUUUUCUCCGAAAGUGCCUUGUCAGAAGAAUCUGCUACUAACAAGGAAACUUCUCACCAGAUGCAUAAUUAUAGUUGGAGUGGAUGCCGCAAGAUACCCUCAUAUAUUGAUAAACUUGUUUUCCCAGAAGAGCAUGUAACCGCCUUGAGAACAAUUUCCAUGAAAGAAGACGAGCUUUACAAGGUUACUUCGUUACUUGAGGAGCUAGUUGGAACUGGAGGAGAGAGGCAGCCAUCAGAAGCUGAAGUUCGAGCAGCUGUAUGGGAAGCCUGUGGGGAUUCCGGUGCUUUGCAAGUACUUGUUGAUCUUCUUAAUCUGAAGUUGACAGAGUUGGAAGAGGGUUCCGGGACUGAGGAGAGUGAUGCUGAAUUACUCCAGAAUCCACACAUGGAACUUCCGGGCAGUGAAGAGAGCAACGGCAUGGCAUCCCCUCCCCAUCUGAUGAGUAGAAGAAAAUGGGCAAGCAUAACAUAUCGGCAAGGGCAGAAGGAACUGACUCGACGUUUCUUAAUGGAGGCGGAGCAUGCAUUGCAGUCGGCGCUGACAGAAGGGAACUAG